AUGGCGCAGACCUCGGACCCACAGAUUGAAUUGGCGACCUCUCCUUCCCCGCCGUCUCCCUCUGACAGUCCUGUGGCUGAACACGCCACAGUUGAGGUACAGUCGGAGUCCUCGCACGCAAUCCCCAAGGCUGGAGAAGGCGACUCGGACGCACCUGGCACCGGGAGGGUUGCCGUCCCCCAGGGCAGUGGCGGCACGCCGAAGGAUUCCAAACAUCGCUUCUUUUCGCGCAAGAAAAAGACGGUUAAGUAG